AUGGUAGCGGAGCUCUGGAAAGCCAGACUCCGAAACACGUUUCUUCGGCGGUUUGAGUUCAGGGACCAGGCUUUACGGGAAGAGCCAACCACGACUACUGCUGCAAGCCUUGAGGCUGUCAAAGACAAACUUCGAGAGUUUUACAGAGAGCAGCUGUUUCUUCGGGUGAAGCCUGAAAACCGAAGGCAAGCAAGCUGGGAGAAGCAGUUGUCUGUGGUCGAGGAAGCAUUUGAACUUCGCUUGGAAAAGUUUUCGACAGUCGAAGAAGUGCUUGCAUUUGGUGGUAAGUGCUUGAAGAACGAGAACCUUCGCGAAUCUUUUACCUGGUUUGGUUUCGAGGCUGCCGACGAGCAAUCGUUGAGCUGGGCAGCGCAAGUUGCUUUCGUGCACCUGCAGCAGGAGCACGAGAACCUGGAUCGAGACCUGUCUGUGGGGUCUAUCACGUCAGAGCCCAAUACGCCAGGACACUCUCGGGUGUUCAACAAGAAGCUGCAGUCGGCAGCAAGCCCCAUCGACCUCGAUCAGGACGAGCCAGAGUACCCCUUUCCCCGGAAGCCCACGAGUGUGAGUCAAGGAGCCCAGGGCGUGUACGUUUCUGUGGAUGAUUUGCGAGUGAUGAUGCAGCAGAUGACUGCUGCUACCAAGGCUGCAAGUGAUGCUGCAAUGGCGGCAGUAAGGGCCAAUUCUUCGAAGGCCUCCCUUGGUUCAAGUGAGAUGAGCCGAAUCCUGCCGCGGCCGGACACCUUCAAGCCGACAACUCGAGAGGAGGAGCACUCGCAGUGGUUGCAAUGGGUAUGGUCACUGAAGCAAUAUGUGGUAGCGCUGGACACUGCUUAUGCCGAGGAUUUGAAGAAAAUCGAACAGUUUCCAACAGCCGAGAUUGGGUGGAUAAGUGAUCCUGAUGCUUUGCAAAGGAGCCAACGAAUGUAUGCAUUGCUUUCUGGAUUCGUUCGUGGCAGAGGUUUGCAAGUGAUCCAACGUGUUCCAUCACAAAAUGGCUAUGAGGCCCUACGACAGCUGAUGCAACUUUUCCAGCCGUCAAGCCGUGCCCGCUCGCUUGGCAUCCUCACCGCUCUCACUCAGACGCACCCGUUUCGCACCAACGAGCCGUUCCUGGCCCAGCUGUUGGAUCUGGAGCGAGUGAUGGAGGAAUACGAGCGUUCGUCUGGCAAGAAGCUGGAAGAAGACCUCAAAACCUCGAUACUGCUCAAGAGCAUUUCUGGCGGCAUGCGGAACCACCUUUCCACUGUCUUGGCUGAGACUUCCUCCUACGACGAGAUCCGAGAGGCCGCUCUUCGUUAUGAGCGCAUGCAGUUCAAGUGGAGCCCUUCAAACCUUUUCAGCACCGAGUCUUCGUAUGCGCAAAAGAAGUCCCACGACCAGGAACCGCAGCCAAUGGACAUCGGUCAAGUUAAGGGUGGUCCAAAAGGGUACAAAGGUGGCAAAGGUCCUAAGGGUCCUAAGGGUUCAAAAGGUCCAAAAGGCAAUGACAGCAAGGGCAAGUAUGGCAAGGCUGGAGGCAAAGAGUCUAAAGGUUAUUCUCAGAGCUACAACAAUGCCAAAGGCGAGAGGAAUCCAGGCAAAGGUGGCAAGGGUGAUAGGAAAGGCAAGAACAAUGCACCGAAGGGGGGCAAUCUGUCCUCCAACACUACAUGCCACAACUGUGGCCGUCCUGGCCACUAUGCAAGAGACUGCUGGCGCCCUCGUGUCAACCAGGUUGAGCAGUCCCAAGGCCAGCCUGGCCCACAGCCUUCCGGAGCUUCUGUGAGCGGCACCUCCACCAGUGCCGGCCCUUCAUAUAGCAGUGCCCCGAGCCAAGCCUCCGCAGCCGUGCGUCGUGUCAUUGCCGAGCCUUUUGUGAUGGACAUGAGUCAACUUGACCUGUCAGGUGAUGACCCUUUCGUGCGAAUGAUUCAUGCACAGCAUUCCCGAUUGGAUGCCACAGAUGGCGACUCAAACUGGGAAGUGAUUGGGUGUUCGAACAGAACCCAUGAGCAGCAUGUGCGAGCACUGACCCGAACCAGUGACACCUGUUCUGUGAUCAUCGACUCCGGAGCUGAUGUCUCUUGCAUUCCGUUGAGCUUUGCAUCGUGUGGAGUCAGCUCCCCUGGGGACUGUGUGAUGCAUGUGCGUGAUGCUCAGGGUGGUAGCAUGCAGGUGAAGGAUGAGCGGAUUGUUGAUUUCGUUAUGCAAAGCCCAAGCCAUGGACAUGUCACAAUCCGUGAAAGAUGCAUCGUCGCAGACGUAUUGCAGCCGCUAAUAAGUAUGGGUCGGUUGAUCAAACAGGGCUGGUUUCCGUGCCAAAAUGCCCAAGGCUUCUGGUUGAACCAUGAUGCUUCAGGAGCCGAUGUGCCUAUGACAUUCCGAGGCAUGAGCCUUGGAGUGGAUGCCGAGAUUCGUCGGGUUGAGAAAGCCGAAAGUCCAAGUUCUUGUGUGCAAGCCUGUGAUCCACAGAGUUCCCACGUCCAGUCGAAAGGUCCUCAAGUGCAAUCAUGUGAUCCGCAGAGUUCCCACGUCCAGUCGAAAGGUCCCCAGUGUCAACCAGAUGACACACAUGUCCGUGUCCUUCAGCGUGCCGUGUUGGGUCCGGAGUUGAGCAACUUGCAUUUCGGGUGGCAGAUCCUCACCUCAGGGAAUUUGUGCUGGCGGGGUCGUUCGUCACGCAUGUUAGACCCAUCCUUUAUGGUUGAUCGAAGCUGGCCCUUGCGUUCCACCUUGAUGAGACGAAGUGAAACCUCAGCUUGGUUUUUGAUCGAACACUGUGAGUCGUGGUUGGAGAUGGAAGAUCUUGAAGAUGACAUCCCAGAAGGUGGAGAGGCUGAGUUGAUCGUUUGCAUGCAUGUGAACAAGGAACCCAUGUCUUCGCUCGGAGUUGAAAAUCUCACUGAGAGCCUGGUUGAGGAUGUAGUUCCAUCUCCCAAGACCCCAGAACUUCCGUACGAUGAGGAUGAGUUGUUUGAUUAUGAACCGUCGCCAGUUGAUGAGCCCGAUGCAGGUGUGAUCAUUCGUGAAGAGCCUGCGUCCCGAGGUGCGUUGCCCGACAUGGAAGAGCCUCUUAGCAAUCCCGUUGCUGAGCCUGUUGACACGCUCACCCUUGAUGGCGUUGUGCUCAACUGUGAGAGUUCGAUUGGUGCCCUGAAAGCAGCCUGCACUAAGUUGGGUUUGAGAACUUCCGGUUCUAAGACUAGGCUGUUUCAGAGGAUAAAGGGUUACCUUGAGAAGCAAAAGUUGUCACUUGCCUCAGACAUCGCCCGAGAUGCUUCAGAGGGAGCUGCUCGAUUGCCCCACAUGCAAUCAAUCCCCGAUGUUCCGUCCAGAGAGCAACAGCUCAUUCACGAGCUUACUCACACGCCAUACGCGGCGUGGUGCAGCCACUGCAUCACCAUGCGAUCUGUUCCGGACAGAUCAGAGGCUACAAAUGCCGCGCCACGAGACCUCCCGAGCGUCUCUUUCGACUUCUGCUAUACCGGGUUCAGUCCUUCCUCGAACGAGCUUGAGCCUGUAGCAGGUGAACCUUCUUCAAGUGCUUCUGACCUACUUUGCUGUCUGAUCGCACACGAUUCCGCCACUGGUGCCAUCACGGCAAUACCCUGUGAGAGCAAAGGCAGCACGCGAUACCUUGGGGUUGAGCUGAUGAGGUUCAUUCAAUCCUUGGGUCAUGCGACAGUGGAGUUGAGGUGUGAUGCUGAACCAGCUACACUUUCGUUGCAGCGUGCUGUGGUGAAUGCGAGACAGAGGCUGGGAUUGAAGACGGUUGAAAGGAAUCCUCCUGUUGGCCACCACCAAGCCAACGGGUAUGUUGAGAAAGCGGUAGACCUGAUCCGAAGGUUGUCGUGCACUCUCUUGGACAUGGUGAGGCAUAAGACUGGAUGCAAGAUCGAUGUUGUGCAUCCUCUCUUCGCAUGGUCCUUUGUGCAUGCUGCAUGGAUCCGGAACAGGUUCGCUGUGGCAGGAGGACUCACGGCGUAUGAACGCACUUGCAACGCUGCUUACACCGGGAAGCUUGUUGCAUAUGGCGAACCAGUGUUUGCACAAGUUCAUGCAAAGAAGAAAGGAGACCCAAAAUGGCUGACGGCUAUUUUCUUGACCAAGACCAGUUUGAACGACAUGUAUGUAGUUGCAAGCAAAGGUGGCGUGCGAGUCACCCGCUCCGUGAGGCGCACAGGUCAUGAGUGGAAGCAUGAUGCUGCUUUGUAUGCCGAUGUUAAGGGUUUUCCUUGGAACUACAGUAGCGGGGUCAUAGGAACUAAGAUGGUUCCCCCGGCCAAGACAAGGAAGGCCUUGCCUGCACCAAGCAGCCCACAAGACGUUGCAGCUUCAGAUCCACCUGAGACGCCAGUUCCCAUGGGGUUGACUCCUGCCAUGGGGUCAGACGUAGGCCCUAACCUUGGAACCCCUGCCGAAGCAUUGCCUCCAACACCCGUGGGAGGUAGUGUGGACCCCGAAGCCCCUAAAGUGCCUUUCAGUCGUCCACCACCGCCAAGCUCCAGGGUGCACGAAAGUGUUCCAACACCGGGACCUGAGCUUCCAAAUCCUUCACAAAGGCCACAUGUGCCUCCUGCAACACCCCUGGAAGACCUGCUUCCACUCACAAGUCCAGUGGUGCCAUCAGGCACUGCUAUGGAGACUGAUGAGGCCAGUGAUGUUCUUGAAGAACGUGCUUCAAAAGUUCCGAGAAUCCGAACCGUUUCUUUUGGCAACAAGGACUAUGAUCUUAAUGACGAGCCCUUUGAGUUUGUGGAUGCAGAUUGGUCCGACUUCGAGUUUGUGGACCCCGAUUACGACAAGUGUUCGAGCACCGAGCCCGACUCGGCAAUGAAGGACGAGGCGGGGCAGAGCGUUGAUGCCAGUGCUCUAUGGUUUCCAGACAAUGGUUGUGAACCGAAGCUUUCAGAGUCAGAUUUGUUCGAACUUGACAGGAUCGCUGCUGCUGUGGAAGUGAAUAGGCUGAUACAGAAGGGUGUGUUGCGCCCGUCGUCCGAGAAGGACAACGUUUCAUCGAUGAAGAGUCUCUCGACCAAAAUGGUCAGGACUUGGCGGCAGAAGAAGAGGAAUGGGAUGUCACAGUAUCUCCGAAGAUCCAGACUAGUGGCAAGGGAGUACAAGUGGCUUGAGGAGAAACAAGGGCUAUUUUCCCCAAGUACCACGACAAAUAUGGUGAAACUCAUUCCGAUCCUUUUUCUUUUGUGGAGAGCGACGAGGCCAGAGCAAUAUGCGAUAUGUGCGGUAGACGUCAAAGACGCCUAUUUAGAGGUGCCUCAACAGGAGCCCGUUGUCGCUGAUCUACCCAAAGAUUGCAUGCUUCAAGGACAAUACGUCUUUGAGAAGUGUGUGCCUGGACAGAGAGAUGGUGCACAAAGAUGGUUUGGAUAUUUCGUACAGUUUUUGACCGACAAGUUCGAUGCCCUUGAGUCUUGUGUUGAGAACCCGGCAAUCAUGCGUGUGCCCGAGGGCCCGAUGAUCAUGCGUGUCGACGAUGGUCUUACGCUUGCUCCCUUGACAUGGCUCAAGCAGAAGUACAUCCCUACAUUGCAAUCGCGUUUCGAGAUCUCGGUAGAGAUUGCGUGCAAGAAUGGAGAUGUCUUUUCUUUCUUGAAGAGAAAGCACACUGUUUUGGAAUCUGGGAUUUUAGUGGAAGCUUCGAGCAGCUACAUACGACACAUGGCCGAAGUACUUGAUGUCAAGCACGGAUCGAAGCAUAACGCACCAUAUCUUCCAGAGCUAAUUCGCGAAGAUGUAUCUGGUCCUCUUGACCCUGUUCGAGCAGGGAAGUUCAGGAGUGCACUGGGUAUUGCAUUGUAUUUGUCAAGUGAUCGCAUUGACAUCUGCUACUCUGUCCGACUUUUAGCAGGAUUCAUGUCAAAUCCCACCGAACAGGCAUGGAAAGGAUUGAUCAGACUAGCGAAGUAUCUGCUUAACACUGCUGAGUAUGCCACGUUGCUUUCACCCAAGCUUCCUGGAUCCACAGUCUUCCGCGAGGCGAAUCACGAUGAUAUGCCCAACCGAAUUGAGAUCUACAGCGAUUCUGAUUGGAGUGGACAUCGGGUUACAAGAAAGUCUUUUGGAUCCGCGUCGUAUGCAGUGAAUGGUUGUGUGUUCCAUCACAUUUGCAGGUCACAUCGCACUGUGAGUCUUUCAUCAGCAGAAGCCGAAUGGUAUGCUGCGAUAAGUGCUGCUUGCGAAGGAAUUUUCCUGAGGGCGAUUUUCGUCUUCAUGGCGGCGAUUACAGAAUGCUCCUUGGAUCUUAAGAUAGACAAUUCAGCAGCGAGACAGCUCGCCCUACGCCAAGGCGUUGGGAACAAGACUCGCCAUGUAGCUGGUCGUCUCUUGUGGUUGCAGCAAUCAGUGCGUGAGAAAAUCAUCGAUGUUGGAGCAAUUGCAAGCAUUUUCAAUCUUGGCGAUUUAUCUACAAAGAUGCACAGUGCCAAUCGUUUGCGAGCCUUACUGUUCUUGCAUGGUUUCGUUGAUGCUUUCACAGGAAAGGCUAUUGGCGAGGAAGAGUUUGCACAAAUGGCUCUGCAAGAUCAAGCAAAGAUGCAGGUGAAGAGAGUUCGUACUGAAUAUGCUCGGCAGCAUGGAGUGACCGGUUCCUUGAAGGGCGAAGCAAGCAGGCUGACGAAACAGGUUACUCUUCUUUGUUUGCCUACAACUGGAGAUGCAGCGGAGGCGGCGAAUCCGUACCAGCGUCAUGGCAUGGCGAACGUGACUUGGGCUACCGUCCUGUUGUGCUGUGGUUUGUGCAUUUACCGGGCCUUGAGCUGGGCUAGAGACUUCCAUGGUUUCGACAUGAACAGUCUUCUGGAAAUGAGCUCGCAAGACUUUGCGACCAAGAUGAUCAUGAGUUUCAUCUUCCUGUGUGGACUGAUGCCGGAGUGUACCAUGGAGCAGUACAUGUGUUUCUUUCUUCUUGGGGUGGUGUGGACCAGGCAUCGCUACAUUCUUCAGCUGGAGCACAAAUUGCAACCGACGAGUACUGAGCCAACUGAUAAUGAGCUGAUGCGAGUCCGUUCUGAUGCCAAUGUGAGAAUCGUGGCUCCUUUCGACGCAGAGGUUAUCCACAGCGAUGGGACGGAGGCCAAGCCCGAGCGGCGAAAGGACUACCGCCCCCUCACGAAAGCCGAAAGGACGAGCCACCGCGUGGAUGCCGACGACGAGGAGGAGCUCUACCGGAAGGAGCUCGAAAAGCAGGAAAGGCCGAAGGCGACCGGGCGCUACUCGGCGGACCCGUCGAUUGCGGCCGAGCAGAAGAAGAAGAGGAACCAAAAGAGAAACCAAAGGCGCAACAAGCUGAAGAGGAAGCUUGGGUCGACCUGGGAUCCAGAGCACAGAGGAAAGAAGAAGGUCAAGAAAAGCGAAGACGACGACGAAGAGACUGUGCACUGUGAAGACUACAACGACCGCCGCGACCCAAGAGGAGAAGACCCGGAGGACCCGGGCGAAGGAGGCGUGCGCCAAUCGGUGCACAGCUUCGAGACCGUGGAUGCUGCCAGCCUGGGCGCUUCGCCAGGCGUGGCUAGCGUCGAGGUCAACUUUGACACGGGAGCGGCCGUGACCGUUCUGCCUGAGAAGUACGUGACGCAGCCAAAGGACAACGGCGUCCGCUACAAGACGGCGUCAGGUGAGGCGCUGAAGGACCAAGGAAAAGCUGAGGUCACCGGCACUUUGUCGGGAGGCCGUGGGGCCACGAUCACCGGCCGAGGCGCCGGGGUCCACCGCAUACUCCUGUCAGGAGCACAGGCGUGCAAGACGCAUUUUGCGUUUCUGCAUGGAACAGGAGGCUUGCUGGUCCCAAAAGGAACCGCUUUCGCUAAGGAGGCCGACGAGGCGUUGCGCCAGUUGGCCUGGAAGCACAAGGGUGUCGGAACCAAGAUGCAAGUGAAGAACGGCGUCUACGUGUUUCCUCUGCAAGACGAGAAGAAAGGAGUGAAGGGCGGAAGCAAGGGCCAAGCUGAGAUGGUUGAGGAAGCGGCCAAAAGGAGAGCCGCCGGAAAGGCAACGCUCAAGGAAAAAGGAGGCACUGAAGACGACCGCUUUGCCGAGGAGCCGGAGGCUCCAGGCGAAGACGCGGUGCACCGUUCCUGGUGCGUCCACUGCCAGAGAGCACGAAAGAUGGUGAAUCCACAUUACCGGAUUCGGAGAGCCGAACUUGAGACAUCUUUGCCGACGCUACACAUGGACUACUUCUUCCUGGGCAAAGAAAAGCAGGAAGACGACGUGAUGCCGCACCUGGUGGUUCGGUGCGACAAAACGCAGCGCACUUGGGCAACUUCGUUGCCCGAGAAAGGCACGCAUGCGUACAACGUCACGUGGUUGGCCAGCGUGAUACGCGAGGCCGGAUGGAAGAGGAUGUGUUUAUUCUCAGAUAAUGAACACGCCCUCCGUGCGCUCAAACUCAAUCCCUCGGAAGAAGUCCAAAAUGUAGUGUUCGACUCGAGAGAGAGUCCUACAAGUACGGAACACGAGAAUGCGCCAUCGAACGGCAUAGCCGAGGCCGCAGUGAGAGAGGUGAAGCGAAUGGUCCGAGCUAUCCUGUCGGAGCUGGAGACAAAGCUUAAGAUCGAGGUGGGCGUGGACCACCCGAUUCUCGCCUGGAUCGCGAGGCAUGCAGCGUUCUUGAUGACACGUUUUCGCAUUGGCGAAGACGGGAAGUCAGCUUACGAAAGGACGCUGGGCCGACCAUGGAGGCGACCUACCAUUGUCUUUGGCGAACAGGUGAUGUUCAAGCCAGUUGGUUCGAGACACAAGCGAGGAAGCCUAGACGCAAGAGUUUGCAUGGGACGUUACGUCGGAACUGCGUCGAGGAACGCAGACUUGCUGAUCAUGACGUCCGAGGGUAUAUCCCGGGGCCACUCCUUACACAGGAGGCCCGAGGAUGAGAAAUGGCCUGUUGAAGGUUUCGACGUGCUACGCGGAUUGCCUUGGAGGAUGUCCGGUCCACAAGAGCGAGCGUCGCCCAACCGAGUUGGUAUGCCCGCUCUCGAAGGCGAACAACCUGCGCCACAACACCGAGACUUCAAGGCACGCAACCUGUACGUCAUGAAGUCCGACAUUGAGCUGCACGGCUACACGCCUCAGUGUCCGGGAUGCGAUGCGCAGCUGAUGGGUCUCCCGCAGCGAGCGCACAAUGACGAGUGCAGGAUGAGAGUGCAGAGAAGACUGCAAGAAACCGAAGAGGGAAAAGAAAGAGUGCAAAGGGCCCAAGAGCGAGUUGAAAAAGACUACGGAAAGCGGGUCAAAAGAGACCAACCCGCGCUGGAAGGAAGACCUGCCCCCGACGCAAUGGAUGUCGCAGCAGAGGAAGCGGCAGGCGCACCUUUGUCCAGACCAAUGGAGGUCGAGGACCGCGCCGAGCCGAAACAGCGGAAGCGCGCAGCGUCCAAGGACGUCGAGGACCUUUACCGGGAAGAGCCCAGCACGAGGGCUACCGAUGGUCCAGAUGUCGAGGUCAUUGGAGUACACGUGCAAGGAGGAGCAAGUGGCUCUGCAGGACCCGGCCUGGACCACUCACACCAACAAGCACGAGCAGAUGCAGAAAUGUACGACACAGCAACGGCGAAUCCGCCGCCAGCCAACGAGGAAGUGCGAAUAAACCUGAUUACGCGGAUGUUCGAACAAAAGGGGCUCAAGUGCAGCCCGACCGAAGCGAAGGCCGAGCAUUUGCGUUUCUUCGAAAAGCUGGAACAAGUGAAGCCAAAGCUUCUGGUGGGCAAGCUGCCCACUGGACCCUUCCAGUCAGUACAACGUGCUUUCGACAUGACCAACAAGAUUGGAGUCGAGACAAGACGCGGAAAUUUGAGGAAGGCCCGAUCUCAACUGGGGCUUUGCUUUGAGGCCUUCGAGGCACAGAAGGAAGCCGGAAACUACUUCCUCUAUGAGUGCCCAAGGGGAACUAAGUCCUGGGAGCAUGAACUUGCUCAAAGGAUGGGUUCGUACUUGGUUGAAGGCCCAAUGUGCAAGUGGAAAGUUGACGAAAGUGGAAAAAUGAUUGCAGGCCAAUCCGGCAAGAAGCGAACCCGCUGGAUUACUAAUUCGGCGACGGUUGCAACAGCGCUGGAAAAGCUAUGCAAGGGCAAUGCGAAGGUGUGGAACCGAACGCUAAGCUUCAAGGAGGGGAUCGUGACGGCCAAGGCCGAGUAUCCUCCGAAGCUUGAAAGAGCACUACUGGCAGGAGUGCGAGCACAACUGGUUCUGGAUGGAGAAAUGAAGGAGGUGGGCCAUGUGGGUGGACCUGACCCACACGAGGAGCCACCGCUCGAAGAGUAUCUCCAUGACACCUUACCCAAGGCAGGGCAGCUUCACGUAAGCGAGCCCGUCAUAGACGCAAACACAGGGGCACAACUUGAUGCCAGAAAGGUUGCGGAAGCAAGAGCGUCAGAACUUGCCUGGGUGAAAAAGUUAUGGGCGGACGACCUGUUUCGUCCCAACACACGCGCUCUUCGAUUUUCUCUCACGCUGAAGCUGACAGACAUAUCACGUGCACACUUCUAUGGAAAAGCAGAACGACGUGUGUUUGUCACACUUCCCGAGGGAGAUGAAGCUCCCGGCUUUUGUGGUCUGUUGAAACGGACCAUGUAUGGCGCCCGUGAUGCCUCAGCUGUAUGGCAGAGAUCGUACACAAGCCUGUUACGCAAGCACGGGUUUGUCGUGGGAAAAGCAUAUCCGUGUACCUUUUAUCACGCCGAAGCCGACGUGAGAUUAUUGGUGCAUGGGGAUGAUUUCCUAGUCUUGGCAGACGAAGAUGGACAUCGCUUUGUAGACAAAGUACUGUCUGAAGAGUACGAGUUCAAGUGUGAUGGCCACAUAGGACCUGAGUGUGAAAAGGAUAGCAUGACUGUCCUGAACCGGGUCGUGAGCAAUGACAGCCAGACAGGAACUGUUACGUACGAAGCGGAUCCAAGGCACGCGGAAGCCCUAGUACGCGACCUUGGCCUGGAGUCUGCGAAGGCGGCCAAAACGCCAGCAGAGAAGAAAAAGGGAAGUGACCUGAAAGCGAUGCUUGAAGCGCAGCCGUUGAAUGCCGAACUUCAGAAAGCAUAUCGGUCUCAUACGAUGAGGGCAGCGUUCCUUGCACAGGACCGUCCAGACAUUGCCGAGGCUACGAAGAGCUUAGCACGGCACAUGAAAGAACCCACAGAGUGGGCAUGGGCCGAUCUGAAGAGGCUUGUCCGCUACUUACGCGGAAAUCCACGGCUGAUCUACGAGUACCGCCCGCAACGGUUCAGCAAAGAGAUUGUGAUGUACUGCGACUCAGACCACGCUGGUUGCCUCAUCACGCGGAGGUCAACCACGGGACUAGUGACAAUGCUUGGAUCGCACUGCGUGAAACACUCAAGCAACGUGCAAAGCACGAUCUCCCUUUCGAGUGGAGAGAGUGAGUUUUACGCUAUAGUUCGAGCAGGGUCAAUAGGUCUGUCGCUACAGGCGAUGCUAGAAGACUGGGGAUUAAAGGUCGGUCUGCGGAUUCGAUCUGAUUCCUCGGCGGCCCGAGGCACUACCCAGCGCCAGGGCCUGGGUCAAGCACGCCACGUGCAAACAAGAUACUUGUGGGUGCAAGAGAAAGUCGCCGCGCGAGCUCUGGAGCUAGAGCGUGUAGGCACGGCGAAGAACUACUCCGACAUCUGCACCAAACCAAUGCCCGAAGUGGCAAUGCUCAAACACCUCAAGAACAUGGGAUUGCGUUUUCAUGUUGGACGAGCCGGAGCAGCCAAACGGCUCGUGUGA